AUCAAGGAAAGAGAAAGUGGGAGGUUUUGAAAAAUCCCUUUAUAAAAACCUCUACUCAAAACCUUUCUAGAGGAAGUGCCAAAAGAGCUCUUUCUUUUGAAGCCUCUCUCCCCCAAAAGUUUGGUGGUUUUCAACUUUCAUCUUUGUUUUUCAGUAGGUACAACUUGAAUUUAGGACAACAAAAUGGAGAUAGAAAAUGGUGUAGAUGGAAACUCAAAUAAUACAGAUCAACCAAGCUCAUCAAGAGGCAAGGAAACUGAGAAAAGCUCCAACAAGAAUGGAAACCAACAAGAUUUGAAGAACAAAAAUGGAGAUGGGAAGGUGAAUUCGGUUCCAUUCUACAAGCUGUUCUCAUUUGCAGAUUCGACCGACGUUCUUCUGAUGAUCGUUGGCUCGAUCGGUGCCAUAGGGAAUGGACUCAGUCUACCCCUUAUGACUAUUUUGUUUGGGGAACUGACUGAUUCAUUUGGUGUUAACCAGAACAGCACAAACAUAGUUAAAGUAGUUUCCAAGGUCAGUCUUAAAUUUGUGUACUUAGCAAUUGGAUGUGGUGUAGCGGCUUUUAUCCAGGUGGCUAGUUGGAUGGUUACAGGGGAGAGGCAAGCUUCAAGAAUAAGGGGUUUGUAUCUCAAAACUAUAUUGAGACAAGAUGUUUCUUUCUUUGACUUGGAAACGAACACCGGAGAGGUGGUUGAGAGAAUGUCGGGAGACACUGUUCUUAUACAAGAUGCUAUGGGGGAGAAGGUUGGAAAAUGUAUACAACUUGUAUCAACCUUCUUUGGAGGCUUUACAAUAGCUUUCAUUAAAGGGUGGCUUUUAACACUGGUCAUGUUAUCCUCCCUUCCUCUCCUUGUGAUUUCUGGAGGUAUUACAUCGAUCGUUAUUACGAAAAUGACGUCCCGUGGUCAAAGUGCUUAUGCAAAAGCAGCCGAUGUCGUCGAACAAACAAUCAGCUCAAUUAGAACUGUUGCCUCAUUUACUGGAGAGAAACAAGCUGUGAGCAGUUAUAAAAAAUUUCUCAUAAACGCUUAUCGAUCGGGUGUUCAAGAAGGUUUGGCUGUGGGAGUUGGUUUUGGAACUAUUUUUGCAGUACUUUUCUUUAGCUAUUCAUUGGCUAUAUGGUAUGGUGCAAAGUUGAUAUUGGAUAAAGGAUACUCCGGAGGUGAAGUUCUUAAUGUGGUUGUGGCCGUGUUAACUGGUUCCAUGUCUUUAGGCCAAGCAUCUCCAUGCCUAAGUGCAUUUGCUGCUGGUCGAGCUGCAGCCUUUAAAAUGUUUGAGACUAUCAAGAGGAAGCCUCUUAUUGAUGCUUAUGACACGAAAGGAAAGAUAUUAGAUGACAUUACAGGCGACAUAGAAUUGAGAGAUGUUCAUUUUAGCUAUCCUACUAGACCGAACGAGCACAUUUUCAAUGGAUUUUCUCUCAAAAUUCCGAGCGGGACAACCGCAGCUUUGGUUGGACAGAGUGGAAGUGGAAAAUCAACUGUGAUAAGUUUAAUUGAGAGAUUCUAUGAUCCAAGUAUGGGUGAAGUUCUUAUUGAUGGCAUUAACCUCAAAGAGUUUCAACUAAAGUGGAUUAGAAGCAAAAUUGGUCUUGUCAGCCAAGAACCUGUGUUGUUUGCAUCUAGCAUAAAGGAUAAUAUUGCUUAUGGAAAAGACGGCGCAACCAUGGAAGAGAUAAAAGCAGCAGCUGAACUUGCCAAUGCUUCGAAAUUUAUCGACAAACUGCCUCAGGGACUUGACACGCUUGUUGGUACACAUGGAACUCAACUUUCUGGUGGUCAAAAGCAAAGAGUUGCCAUUGCUAGAGCAAUUUUGAAAGAUCCGCGAAUCUUACUUCUAGAUGAAGCUACAAGUGCACUUGAUGCUGAAUCCGAGCAUGUUGUGCAAGAAGCAUUGGACCGUAUCAUGGUUAAUCGAACUACAGUGAUUGUCGCCCAUCGUCUAAGCACCAUAAGGAAUGCAGAUAUGAUUGCUGUCAUUCAUAAAGGAAAGAUGGUUGAAAAAGGCUCUCACAUAGAAUUACUCAAGGAUCCUGAAGGACCUUACUCACAGCUUAUUAGGCUGCAAGAAGUCAACCAAGAGUCCCAAGAGGCUGGAAUUGAUAAAGUUAAACAAGAAAGUACAUCGGGAUCGUUUAGACGCUAUAGUAAAGGAGCGUCAAUGCCACGGUCCAUAAGCAGAGGGUCAUCUGGAGUAGGAAACAGCAGCCGUCACUCUUUCUCAGUUUCGUUUGGUUUACCUGCAGGAGUUCCUAUCACAGAUGUUCCUAUGGCAGAUGAAAGUGCAUCUGUCGACACCGCGGAACGAUCACCACCAGUCCCACUCCGUCGUCUUGCAUACCUCAAUAAGCCAGAAAUUCCUAUACUUGUACUUGGAUCUGUGGCUGCGAUCAUCAAUGGUGUCAUUCUUCCACUUUUCGGCUUACUAUUUGCCAAUGCAAUCGAAACAUUUUACAAACCACCGGAUAAACUAAAAAAGGAUUCGAAAUUUUGGGCAUUGAUAAUGAUGUUGCUUGGUGUAGCAUCAUUGUUGGCAGCUCCAGCAAAAACAUACUUCUUUUCAGUGGCUGGUUGCAAGUUAAUACAACGGAUUAGAUUGCUUUGUUUUCAGAAUAUAGUUAACAUGGAGGUUGGUUGGUUUGAUAGAACUGAGAAUUCUAGUGGUUCGAUAGGUGCCAGGCUCUCGGCAAAUGCUGCAACUGUACGUGCAUUAGUCGGGGAUGCGCUAAGUCAACUUGUCGAGAAUCUAGCAUCUGUUACAGCUGGUUUAGUCAUUGCUUUUGCUUCAAGUUGGCAGUUGGCUUUGAUUGUCCUUGCCAUGUUUCCACUCCUUGGGCUUAAUGGCUUUGUGCAAAUGAGGUUUUUGAAAGGAUUUAGUGCAGAUGCAAAGUUGAUGUACGAACAAGCCAGCCAGGUUGCUACCGAUGCCGUGGGGAGUAUAAGAACAGUUGCAUCAUUUUGUGCAGAAGAAAAGGUGAUGCUACUUUACAAAAAGAAAUGUGAAGGUCCAAUGAAGUCAGGCAUAAGACAAGGCUUAAUUAGUGGGACAGGAUUUGGAGUAUCAUUCUUCUUAUUGUUUGCAGUCUAUGCUGCAACAUUCUACGCCGGUGCUCAUUUUGUCGAAGAUGGCAAAGCAACUUUCUCCGACGUUUUUCGAGUUUUCUUUGCUUUGACCAUGGCUGCUUUUGCCAUUUCUCAAUCAAGUUCACUUGCACCUGAUUCUACCAAGGCAAAAGAAGCCACAGCUUCCAUAUUUUCCAUGAUUGAUCGUAAAUCAGAAAUUGACCCGAGUGUUGAAACAGGUGAAACAUUAGAAAAUUUUAAGGGUGAGAUCGAGUUUCGACAUGUAAGCUUCAAGUAUCCUUCUAGACCAGAUGUUCAAAUUCUUCGAGACCUCAGCUUGACCAUCCGAUCCGGGAAGACUGUUGCUCUGGUUGGAGAAAGUGGAUGUGGAAAAUCCACUGUCAUCUCUUUAUUACAGAGGUUUUAUAAUCCUGAUUCUGGUAGCAUAACACUUGAUGGAAUUGAGAUUCACAAGUUUCAACUAAAAUGGUUGAGACAACAAAUGGGUCUAGUGAGCCAAGAACCGAUCCUAUUCAACGACACGAUCCGAGCUAACAUCGCAUAUGGGAAGGGAGGAGAUGCAACUGAGGCCGAAAUAAUCGCUGCAGCUGAAUUGUCCAAUGCUCACAAGUUCAUCAGUGGUUUGCAUCAGGGGUAUGACUCGAUGGUGGGAGAGAGAGGAGCUCAACUUUCGGGAGGGCAAAAACAACGAGUAGCGAUUGCAAGAGCGAUAAUCAAGAGCCCUAAGAUCUUGUUGUUAGACGAGGCCACGAGUGCACUUGAUGCGGAAUCUGAAAGAGUGGUUCAAGAUGCAUUAGACAAAGUGAUGGUGAACAGAACAACCAUAGUGGUUGCUCAUAGAUUAAGUACUGUAAAAAAUGCUGAUAUAAUUGCAGUGGUUAAAAAUGGAGUCAUAGUUGAGAAAGGAAAGCAUGAUACUUUGAUUAAUAUCAAAGACGGAUUUUAUGCUUCCUUGGUUCAACUUCACACAAAUGCUUCAACUUCAUCAGCUUAAUCAUUAUUUUUCCUCCAUUUAUCCUUUUCUUUUUUUUUUUUUAAUAUAUAUACAUGUAAAAUUUGGCAUUUUUCUUUUGAAAGAAUUGUAUAAGAGUUAGCAAUUCAUUUUUUUUUUU